UAUGGAUGGAAUCAUUAUCCAAAAAAGUAGUGAACAUUCCAAGAUAGGUAUUGUCCGGGAGCAUUAAUGUUAAAAUAUUUAUAAGCUAUUACUAGAAAGAAGCACGCUGUUACUUUUAUUUUCGUUUGUCAGUCAAGUGAAGGAAAUCUCAUUGAAUUUUCAAUUUUGUGAUCUUACUUGGAUUAUUUUUAACUUGUAAUGAUACGAAUAAACUAAUCGAAUAUUGUGCGAUAGCUUAGCUGUGUCUCUCUAAAGGAGACAAUCUUAUUACCGAAUCACGACUGAACAUAAUUUCAUAUACACGCAUCACAAAGUAAAGUUUGUUUAAAUUGUUUGAAAUAAUACAUAAUGUAAAUCAUCCUGCGAUAAUUCUGCAACUAGUGUUGUCUAUUUCACCAACGGAUACCUUGCUGGCAGACAAAAUGUUAUCAGACGACAGUGUGGAGAACAGACAUGGGCCUCCUGGAGUCAAUUCAAGGUCUCUCAGCGCUGCCCAUUCCGCUGCAGAUCUUGAGGUCCUCCGUGAAAUAGACCACGUGUACUUUUCUCCUCCAUCCGAGUUCGACGCGGGCCGCUACGUGCUGGAACACGCGCCCAGCCCGCCCACGCUGGAAGCCGUCGAGCAGAUGUUCACCAAGCUCAAGCGGCAGCAGCAGGUAGUCUCCGGCAAAGCGCUCCACCUGAUCUCCCAACAGCGCGACAACUGCGACCGUGAGUUUGCCGAAAUCCAAAACAUUCGCGAACAGCUAGCCAACACCUUAGAGACCUGUCGCCAAGCUAGGGAACACCUGCGCAAUUCCUCAAACCAUUUGACUAUCUCCACCUUUGUCAUUCUAGCUAACGUGAGAAAGAGACAGAUAAUCCGUUCGGUGCUGAAAUCUCUCGAGCUGCUCCGAAGUUUGCGCAGCGUCGAAAGAGAUGUUGCGGAGUUACUUAACAAAAAGGAAUACUUUGAAGCGAUAGAACUCAUUCUCAAAAGCAGGAAAGCGGCUGCAAAUCACAAAGAAUACACAUGCAUAGCGGACUUAGCCACUAGGUUGCAAGAUACCUUAGAUAUGACAGAGGAAAAGUUAGAUUCGGUGUUGUCCUCAAUAUGUUACAAUUUCGACGAAAAAACUUUUAGGAAAUUGAGACGCGCGUACACUUUGUUAGGCAAAACUCAGGCUGCUAUGGAGCAGUUACACAUGCAUUACUCUUCAGCAGUGAACGAGACCUCUAUAGAGGCUGUGAAGCCGUAUAUAGGGGAGGUUUCGAUGGAAAUGAAGUUCCAAGAUAUGUGUCAAGCGGUGCAACCAACCAAAGCACCUAUAUGUCUACUGAAUCUAUGCGAAAACCUGUUUUUGAUCAUGAGGAGUUACUACUUGUUAGUCAACUGGCAUACUAAGCAUGAUGAGGAGGAAACGAGUCCAAGCACCAGUAAUGUGUUUGAAAUAGAAAGGAAUGUCAGCAGGGAGUACAUUAGGCAGAAGUUAAAAGCUGGACUGAUAAGGAUAUGGCACGACGUCCAGGCUAAGGUGUCCACGUUUUUGAAAAGCUCCGGCUUGGAAGAGUACCCUUUUGAAAAGUUUAUACAAAUGCUAGGAAUAUUAAGGAAAUUGACGCAAGUGGCUGAAGUGUUUUGCGGCGACAAAUCGGACCUUCUGCAAGAUUUCAUCAAGACGCAGAGCGUUUUGUACAUUAAGAACUACCAUAGAGGCAGGAUGGAGGAGUUGAAACUCUUUUUGGAGAAUGAAGGCUGGGAACAGUGUCCUGUCAAGUCAACUUUCAACCUGCUAAACUUGCAAGAGUUUAAGCAGUUCAAGAAAUAUUUAAAUCCGAAAUCAGACACGUCUAUGAUCAAAACUCUAUCGGAUGGAACCUCCUCCGUACAUUCUCAAGAAGACAGCGUUUAUAUCGUCAAAUAUUUCAACCAAAAAACAAACCACACUCCUUUCGAGAUCUUCCGUAACGAAAACGUAACUAACGACGACAUUUUCGGCCUAGAACCUGAAUUGGAGCCGAGUGACGAGUCAGAUGAUGAACCUGAAGAAUUGAAAAGGGAAUUCGUUGAUGAAGUUGACAGACACGAAUACACAACCACAAAUAACAACGAGAAGAUUCUAGAAAGCCCUUCGAAGAUCAAAGAGAGCGUCAUAGUAACGAAUACCACUCUAUCAGUGCUGAGAAAUUGUGGACAGUACUUGCAAAUCUGCAGGUACCUUCCCCAGAUUUCUUUAGAAGUGGUCAUGCUCAUGAACCAGUUGUUUGACUACUAUUUCUAUACAGUCCACCUGUUUUUCACCUCGGAUUUGGAAGUGGCAUCUACAACCUUAUACAGUACAAAAUUGAGUGCAUCCUUGAAGAGGAUAUCGAAUAGUAUCGACACUACUUCAGGGGACGGUGAUGGAAAGGCGUUUUUAUGUCCGGACCUGCCUCAGCACUUGGAUAUGAAUUCAGAGGAGACUUUACAUGGUCUGACCGAGAGAAUUGUGGCAGUUGAAAGCGUGAUAUUCCUGGCUAAACAGUACGAGUUGCUCCAACCGUAUUUGGAGUCCAUAGUAGCGUCACAUCAGAAGCUGAUUUUGGAGCAUUUUAGAGACAACACGUUAGCGGUAGUGGUAGACCUACGGAUGCCAGUGUAUAUGUGUUCGGCAUCCAAAGCUGUCGACGCGAGAUCAGCUCUUAUCGCCAUGUCCCAAGUGAGAUGGGACGUAAAAAACGUCGCAGUGGAACAUAGCCCUUACGUAGACAUGAUAACGCGCAAAAUCCAAGUCUUCGCUUUACGUCUCGAAAACAUAUCCGCCAAAGUGACUCUGAACAUCGAAGUGCUGAAUUCUAUCUGGUCUAUGGUCUCAAAAUUCAUAGUCCAUUUGCUGGUCGAAGGGUUUUCUAACGCGUCCAAAUGUUCGAACGGGGGGAGAGGUCUCAUGCAGUUAGAUUAUCGGCAGUUAUUCGUGAAAUUAGAAAAGAUAUCUGGGUUGAAACCUAUUCCGUAUCAAGACUACGUUGACAGAUAUGUGAAAGCGUAUUAUUUACCAAGGAAAGGUCUAGAAGAAUUUGUAAGAGAGAGGACUGAAUAUUCCAAUAAGCAUCUAUUAGCGUUGAUCACGAGUGCUUGUGAAAAUAAGAGGGACAGGCAAGCUUUAACGGCGAUUAUUGAAGGCAAAGACGCGCCAUCUUGAAUUCGGUUGGAUCAUUUUCCUAAAAUGUACUUAAUUAAUUUUUAAAAGCUUAAAACUGGGUUAAUUUAAAUAAAAUAACUAGUCCCAAAAAGUUAAACUUGUUCGUGACUGCACAUCAAAUCAUACAUAAUAUUAGUUAAAGUUAUCCGACUAUUGAAAAAUCAGCCCUUAAGAUACAUUUUAUCCCUAAGUAACAAAUAAGUAUGACAACAAGAAAUGGUUGAUCUAAAGCCUUAGUGGGGACUAUAAAAUUGUUCUGUCUUUGUUAAAUAGCGCAAAAUUAAUUUAAAUUAAAUAAUUUGUCAAAAGAUUUAAAGUCGAAUAUUAAUGGUACAAAAUUAUGUUUUAGGUAUAAGAUAUAAAAAUGCAUAUAAUCCUGUAUGUUAAAAUAUAGCUUAAUAAUUAGUUUCAUCUGAUUUAAUUAUGUUCAUAGAUGAUUGAUUUCAUUGAUCCACAGUUCUCAAUUUUUUUUAGUUAUAAAAUUAAUUUUAUCUUUGCAAAGCGAUCUGAAUGGAACUGAAAUUUUAUAUGGUCCUUCGAGCCGGAUAAGUCAUCUUAUUAAUGUAUUGUACUUAAUAAUUAACAACUGUGAAAGUCACAAAAUGAGUUUAUGUAGUUAUAUGAAAUAAGUACAGGUAACCAUGAAUGUUAUGAAAUGAAUUGUCUAACAAGCAAGUUUCUUUAAUGGCCAAGAGUUGGAAACUUAAGGCCAGUUGUUUUUUGUCACUCAGUCAGUGCCUGAGGGAAGGGUGAUAUCAUCAUCAUCAUCAACAGCCCUUUACAGUCCACUGCUGGACUAUGAGCCUCCUCCACUAUAGUGGAGGGUUUUGCCGUAAUCCCCACGCUUGGCAGGCGGGUUGGAGAUCGCAGUGUAAAAGAUUGAUGUUUUCAGAGAGCGCUGCUGCCCGUUCUCUGUUUGAUGUGUAGUCCCUAAGUCGCCUCUUACGACACCCGCGGGAAGAGUAGGGGUUGUUGACAAAUGUAUGAACUCUGCCGUCACCACACGGCUUGACAUAUUAUGACGUGACAGAGCAUACAAAAAAUCUGAAAGACAAGUCUCUCUGACUUUUGACGUCACAAAAACACCCUCCCGUGCCCUCUCAUACCUCAGGCACUGACGCCCGUAUUCACAAACGAUGCUUGCAUAAGUGAACCAGCAAAUCGAACGCACAGCGUUGAAUAGAGCUCUGUGAUUGGUCCAUGUGUCACUCGGUGCGUCCACGCGCACUGUGAGACCUCAUAGUAAUGUUUGUGAAUACGGGCGUGAUUCAGUUAAAUACUAGACCAGUGGUUCUUAACCGGUGGUCCGUGGACCACUGGUGGUCCCUGGAGGCAUUCCAAGUGGUUCGCGAAGACAUCGUAAUAAACAAGUGACGUGACGUGAUGAGUCGAGUCAACACAACGUAAACGGCGCACAGUGGGCGAGAAAUGAACCUCCCCUUUCAUAGGAUUUUGAAAAAAAAAAGUGGUCCCUGACAAGACAGAAAUUUGGUAAAAUGGUCCCUCGUGACUUAAAGGUUAAGAACCACUGCUCUAGACCUAGGUACUACAAGAAUUAAUUAUAUUAUUUAACUGAAAUGUACCUCUCUAAAAUUAAUUAUUAUCUUAUACUUUUCAGAUGAAGUUUGUGAAAAUCGUUGUGAUUGAUUUUUAAUAUUUAUGUCUAUGUUAGAAAAAACUUAAAAAUUCACAAAAUAUUCGCAAAAAAACUUUGUAUUAGUUUUGUACAGGAAUGUAUAGAAAUCUCAAAUUUAUUAAUAGUUUAAGAAUAUUAUUUUACUUAUAGAAAAAUGCAUUAAAGGAAAUAUACUGGUAAUGUACUGGAUUUCA